AUGUUUAGAAAAAUCUCAAACAAAAUUGUUUUAAUUACUGGUGCAUCAUCAGGUAUUGGUGAAUCAUGUGCAAAAAUAUUCCAUCAAAAUGGUAACCAUAUUAUUUUAUGUGGUAGAAGAGUUGAUAGAUUAAAUAAAUUAAGAGAUCAAUUAAUUGCAAACAAUUCAGGUGGUAAAGUUUUAGCAUGUCAAGUUGAUGUAUCAUCAAUGGAAUCAAUUGAUAAAAUGAUUAAUGAAUUACCAGAAGAUAUGAAAUCAAUUGAUAUUUUAAUUAAUAAUGCAGGAUUAUCGUUAGGUAUGGAUUCAGUUUCAGAGAUUGAUGCAAAAAAUGAUUUAGAUUCUGUAAUUGAUACAAAUGUUAAAGGUGUAUUCCGUGUAACUAGAAAGAUAUUACCAAAUAUGAUUCAAAGAAACUCUGGUUACAUUUUCAAUGUUAGUAGUAUUGCAGGCUCAAUGUUUUACCCAAAUGGUAGUAUUUACUGUGCCUCGAAAGCUGCUGUAAAUGCAUUCUCAGAUGUACUUAGAAAAGAAGUUGUUAGUACUAAAAUUCGUGUAACUAAUGUUUGUCCAGGUCUAGUGGAAACUGAAUUUAGUCUUGUACGUUUCAAUGGUGAUGCUGAUAAAGCAAAAAAACCAUACAAUGGUAUCGUAGCAUUAACACCUGACGAUAUUGCUGAUAACAUCUAUUAUUGUGCCUCUAGACCUGACCAUGUACAAAUUACAACAAUUGAAACAAUGGCAAAUAAUCAAGCAUCAACUAGAGAUAUUUAUAGAGAACAAUAA